AUCAAGAAAUAAUUGAAGAUUCUUAUAAGAACAUGACUGACGAAUUAAAAAUAAAUGAUAACGAAUAUGAUGAAAAUGAAAAAAAUAAUCAACCAAAAAUACACAAUCGUAGUAAAAAAAAUAAAGAACAAAAUACACAUAAUAUUAGACAAACGCGCAGCUCAAAAGUAGUAAGUGUUAUAAGCGAUGAUGAAAGCUAUGAAAAAUAA